AUGAAGGCACAAGAGACGCUGAUGAAGGUUGAAAUUACAAGUGCAGAAUCUGAUGCCUAAUUCUACUUCACUAAUACUAAAAAUUUCAAGUCUUACUCUGUCAUAGGUAGAAUGAAUUGUGUACUGGCCACAUAUGGAGGCAUUCCUUUGAUGAUCUUACACUUCAAGUUAAGGUCUAAAGUAAGUCCAGCUAUGAAAGUAACAUAA